GUUGCCAUACCUCCAAAAUCCCAAAACGGGUUAUAGACUAGGUUAAGGUUAAGGACGUCCCAAGAAACACGGAUUGCGCGAACCUUGCCCGGAAGUUAUUUUUGUUCGUACGUCUUGAGUGCAAAGGUUACAUGAAUAUUCCGCCGCUGGCGCAUACACCUCUGUGACCGUCGCACUUGUUUGUUUUUGUAUAAAAAGGCAACUUUUAAAAGCGGUACUGCGACCACCACGACAGGAGCUGGAAAACAUGGCGCGCCUGGUUGCGGUUUGCAGGGACGGGGAAGAGGACUUCCCUUUCCUCGCAAGACAGAUUCCCCUGUACAUCGAUGACACUCUCACGAUGGUGAUGGAGUUUACUGACAGUGUCAUGAACCUUGACACUCACCAGAUCAACAGCUCUCAGAUGAAGCAGUUUGUUGAGCAUCACAGCAUGCUGAAGCAGCAGGACCUGAACAUCGCCAUGAUGGUAACUUCCAGGGAGGUGUUCAGCGCCUUGGCCCAGCUGGUGCCGUGUGUGGGCUGCAGGCGGAGUGUGGAGCGCCUUUUCUCCCAGCUGGUGGAGUCCGGGAACCCGGCCCUGGAGCCCCUCACUGUGAAGCCCACCGGCGUGCUGUCUGUCACCAAGGCCUGCAUGGCCGACGCAAAGAUGCUCUACACCCUCUUUUACGUCCACGGGUCAAAGUUAAAUGACACGAUCAAUGCCAUUCCAAAAAGCAAAAAGAAUAAACGCUGCCAGUUGCACUCCUUAGACACACACAAACCUAAGCCUUUGGGAGGAGAAGGGAGCGUAGACAAAAUGCUAGGUUUAGAGAACAACAAAGAUGGAGGAGCCAAGACAGACAGCAGAUGUAGCGUCGUUUUUCCCUUUGGACGCUGUCCGGCCCCCAGCAGGGGAAGCUGGAUGGAUGUGUGGGAGCUCAUGUCUCAGGAGUGCAGGGACGAGGUCGUCCUGAUCGACAGCGCCUGCCUCCUGGAGACCCUGGAAACAUACUUGCGCAAGCACAGGUUCUGUACUGACUGCAAGAACAAGGUACUGAGAGCGUACAACAUCCUGGUCGGGGAGCUGGACUGCACUAAAGAGAAGGGCUACUGCGCUGCCUUGUACGAGGGGCUUCGCUGCUGUCCCCACGAGCGCCACGUCCACGUCUGCUGUGAGACUGACUUCAUGGCACAUCUCCUGGGCCGGGCCGAGCCCGAGUUCUCCGGAGGUUACGAACGCAGAGAGCGGCAUGCCAAGACCAUUGACAUUGCACAAGAGGAGGUGCUGACCUGCCUGGGCAUCCACCUGUACGAGCGGCUGCACAGAAUCUGGCAGAAACUGAGGGCAGAGGAGCAAACCUGGCAGAUGCUCUUCUACCUUGGCAUCGACGCUUUACGCAAAAGCUUUGAGACGGCUGUGGAGAAGGUGCAGGGCAUCAGUCGUCUGGAGCAGCUGUGUGAGGAGCUGUCGGAGGAGGAGAGGGCCAAGGAGCUGAAGCAGGAGAAGAAGAGACAGAAGAAGAAGAACCGACGCAAAAACAAGUGCAGCUUCGACGUGUCUGUGCAGGAGGCCGAGGGCAAGGACAAGAGCCUGGAUGAGGGUUCAUUAGAGUCUGUGGAGAGUGGUGGUGGCUGCAAGGCCUGUGGAAGCCGAGAGGGGGAGGGGGGGCAUGUCGGCUGUGUGGAGGUCGUCGUCACCAGCAACGAGAGCCCUACUUCCUGCAGCUGCCCAGACGGCAACGUGCCCAUCCUGGGCUCUCCCAAAGUCAAGAAAGGUAAUGCUGCCACCACCAUCCAACCAUCACUCAAGACCAGACACCUGACCCUUGGUCUGUCACCUCACAGCAAUGGGAGUGACUAUGGCUACUCUUCUAGCAUGGAAGGCAGCGAGCCUGGUUCACAGGAAGGCUCUGACGUCGCCUGCGCUGAGGGAAUCUGCAACCACGACGAAGCAGGAGACUACUUGUGUGGUCAUCACUGUGCUGAAGACAAGGAGGACGGCGGGGUGGACAGCUGUGUGGAGUGCUGGGCCAACUCAAAAGAAAACACGAAGAAGAAGAAGAAGACUAGGAAGAACAAGGGCUUGUUGUCUUACCAUCAGGGUCCAAAUGCAGAGGGUUGUGUUGUGGAAGAGAACAGGAGAGCGCAAAACACUGCUGCAACGUCACCGGUGUGCAGAACCAAAGAGACGUGUGCCCAGCUGUGCCUCGACACCUGUUCUAGCAUUGCACUGCCAUGGGGAGAACAUCGGAAGAACAUGAGCUAUUGUCUGGAGGCAAAUAUCUGUGGUCAGGAGGAUACCAAUGCCAAGAGUCUUAUGGAACUACUGGACGACUCUGAAGUGACUUCAGAUGAUGAGAACUGCCUCACGCAGGACGAGAUCCAGUCGUUUGUGGACAACAACAAGUCCUUCUACAACAACCGCGACCAGUACCGACAGCACCUGAAAGAUAAAUUCACCAAGUACUGCCGCGGAGGUGGAGAUUGGUUCGCUGCUGCCGCCGCCACCACCAGCGUCAAUUAAUGAAUUAGCUGCUGUUGCACUACUCUGUCGUGAAAUCUUGUUAAUGGGACAACACUCAUGGUGAUUACCAGAUUACCACUGCUCUGCUCGUGCCACCUUUUUUAUAGGGAGAAAGAAUUCAGUAGUUCAUUUUGGUGUCUUGUUCAAUGAUUCCUUAUC